AUGGCAUAUACUUCUCUUUCAAGAACCAGCAGUUGUGAAAGCACCAACAAUAUCAUCUCAGUAAACUUACCAAGAUCAUCGUCUCUAAACCUUGAAUCCUCGGACGUAUUCCAUGAAAGGUCUCUUGUCCGAAGAGAUUCUCCUGGCACGUUCCACCGUCUGAACAAAGCCACCCGUUGUGGAUUGACAUCCCUUCUCAGAUCACUCCUUCACUUUAUCUCCUUCCCUAUCAUAGUCAUCCCAGUAUGCAGAUGGCUCGCAAUUCCAACCCAGCUCUCGAUUGUGCCGUCUCUGGGCCGUAGAGUCACCGGAACCCUAUUUGGUCACCGGAGAGGUAACGUGAGCUUUGCCGUUCAAGUUGAUCCAACUUCAGCACCCGUGUUAAUAAUCGAAUUUGCUGUUUCAACGUCAAUGCUAGUGAAGGAGAUGUCAUCAGCACUAGUUCGGAUUGCCCUAGAGUGCGAAAAGCACCCGCUUCUGAAUCGUGGUGGUAGCCGCCGGUCGCCGGUGAGGUUGUUCAACGAGCCAAUGUGGACAAUGUACUGUAACGGGAGGAAGUGUGGCCAUGCACAGUCACGGUCGUGUACCGAGUCAGACUGGCACGUACUCAACACCGUUCAGAGCGUGUCCGUCGGCGCCGGCGUGAUUCCAGUGGUGGAAGCCGGCAAGAAAAAGGGUCCCUCAGAAGGCGAGUUGCUGUAUAUGAGAGCUAGGUUUGAGCGAGUCGUGGGAAGUCGUGACUCGGAAGCUUUUUAUAUGAUGAACCCGGAUGGCAAUGGAGGACCAGAACUCAGUAUUUUCUUGCUUAGGAUGUGA